GCACUCGAUCCAACUAACAUUAGCUUGGUUAGCAAUUUAGCUAGCGUAGCUUGUGUUCAUUUCAGUUCCCUGGUAGAAGUAAUAUUUUUGGUAACGUUAUACAUUUGCACUAACGUUAGUGUUUUAGCUUCGUUAAUAAGCAACUGAAAACAUUGGAUGUUAUCUAACUAUAUGAAUUAAAAGCCGACGGCAGAUCUCUCUUGAAGCGCAGAGAAGCUAGCUAACAAAGAUGGGAGACCCGAUCCAGUUAAAAGAUGAGGGAAACAAACAUUUCCAAGCAGGAGAUACUGACAAGGCUAUCGACUGCUACACUAAAGCCAUCAAGGAAUGCAAGGACAAAAAAGUGCUCGCUAUAAUAUACAGGAACAGAUCUGCAUGCUACCUAAAAAAGGAAAACUAUACCAGUGCAGCAUCUGAUGCAUCUAAAGCAAUUGAUGUCGAUGCAGCAGAUAUUAAAGCCUUGUACCGGCGUUGCCAAGCUCUGGAGAAGCUAGGUAAGCUGGACAUGGCUUUCAAAGACGUGCAGAGAUGUGCCACCCUCGAACCAAAGAAUAAGACCUUCCUGGAGACUCUCCGCAGGCUGGGAGCAGACAUCCAGGCCAAGCUCAAGACAACAUUCUCCACAGAUUCGAGGGUGCAGAACAUGUUUGAAAUUCUUCUUGACGACGAAAUGGAAAAGGAUAAAAGGGAAAAAGCUGCCAACAACCUGAUUGUGCUGUCUAGAGAGGACGCUGGAGCAGAGAGAAUCUUCCAGAACAAUGGCGUGCCUCUGCUGCUCAACAUGAUAGAGACGGGCAAAGCAGAGAUGAUCCUGGCUGCUAUUCGUACUUUGUCGGGAAUGUGCACAGGACACAAAGCUCGGGCCAUGGCCAUUAUCCACAUGGUGGGCGUGGACAAGAUGUGCAGCAUCAUGGCUAUUGACAAUGAGGAGAUUGCGCUGGCAACCUGCAACCUCUUCCAGUGCAUCAAUGAUUCCCUCACUGGUGGAGAUAAAAGGGAAUAUGGAAAAGAAGAGGCUUUGGUUUUGGACGCAUCUAAAGACCUGAAAACCAUUCUCCUCUCUCUGUUGGAGAUGGUUAGUAGUAUGAAGGUGUCUGGCCAUGGCAGAGACCAGGCACUGAACCUCCUGAGCAAGAAUGUUCCCCGCAACAGCAAGAAAGAAAAAAGCAACUCCAGGACCCUCUUCACCAUCGACAACGGUCUGAAGAAGAUCCUCAAGGUGUGUGGUCAGGUUCCUGAGCUGCCAGACCAGCUGCCCUUGACAGAUAACACACAGCUGAUUGCCAGUGUGCUCCUCAACAAGCUCUAUGACGACCUCACUUGUGACCCAGAGAGAGACAACUUCAGGGACCUUUGUAAUCAAUAUAUCAAAUCCAAAAUUGACCCCAACAACAUGGACAAGACCAUUCAUGCUAUCAACUGCAUCUCAGGGCUGCUUCAGGGUCCCUUCGAUGUGGGUAACGCGCUGGUUGGACAUGAAGGCAUAAUGGAGAUGAUGGUGGCGCUGUGUGGCUCCGAGCGUGAGGUGGACCAGAUGGUUGCUGUGGAGGCGCUGAUCCAUUCCUCCUCCAAAAUGAGCCGCGCCUCCUUCAUCAUCACCAAUGGCGUGUCACUGCUCAAGGACAUCUACAAGAAGACCAAGAAUGAGAAGAUUAAAAUACGCUCCCUGGUGGGUCUCUGUAAACUGGGUUCAGCUGGAGGUGAUGAUUACAGUUUAAGGCAAUUUGCUGAGGGCUCCACAGAGAAGCUGGCCAAGCAGUGCAGAAAGUGGCUCUGUAAUCCCCAGAUUGACACCAAAACGAGGAAGUGGGCCAUUGAAGGUCUGGCAUAUCUGACUAAUGACGCCGACGUGAAGGAUGAUUUUGUUGAGGAUGAACUUGCACUGAAAGCCAUGUUUGAACUGGCCAAGUCUACGGAUAAGACAAUCAUAUAUUCAGUCGCUUGCACGCUGGUUAACUGCACCAACUGCUAUGAAAAGAAGGAUAUCUUGCCUGAGCUUGUUCAACUAGCCAAGUUCUCAAAGCAACAUGUGCCUGAGCAACACCCCAAGGACAAGAAGGACUUCAUCGAGAAGAGAGUGAAAAGGCUGCUGAAGGCUGGUAUCAUUUCAGCUCUUGCUGUCAUGGUGAAGGCUGAUAGUACAAUCCUGACGGACCAGACCAAAGAGUUGCUGUCGAGGGUUUUCUUGGCAUUGUCAGAGGAUCCCAGAGAUCGUGGUAUAAUUGUGGCCCAAGGUGGGGGAAAGGCUUUGAUUCCACUUGCUCUGGAAGGGACAGAUGUGGGAAAGACAAGGGCCAGCCACGCCCUUGCCAAGAUUGCUUCCAUUUCAAACCCAGAGAUUGCCUUCCCUGGUGAGAGGGUGUAUGAGGUGGUGCGACCUUUAGUCAGCCUUCUGAGCACAGACAAAGACGGGAUGCAGAACUUUGAGGCCCUGAGAAGUCUCACCAACUUGGCUGGUUUCAGUGAAAAACUGAGGGUGAAGAUUGUGAAAGAGAAUGCUCUGCCAGAGAUUGAGAACUACAUGUUUGAGGAUCACGAACAGAUCAGACAGGCUGCCACUGAAUGCAUGUGCAACCUUGUUACAUGUAAAGAGGUCCAGGAUCGAUAUCUGCAAGAUGGAAAUGAUAAGCUGAAGCUGCUGGUGCUGCUGUGUGGCGAGGAUGACGACAAACUUCAAGUAGCUGCAGCCGGAGCUCUCGCCAUGCUCACUGCUGCUCAGAAGAAGCUCUGCAAAAAAUUCACCAUGGUGACCACCCAGUGGCUUGAGAUCUUGCAGAGGUUGUGUCUCCACACCAACCCCUGCAUACAGCACAGAGGCCUUGUGAUUGUCUGCAACAUGCUCAACUCUGACGACAACGAGCUGCCCAAGAAGCUGAUCGAGAGUGAGCUGCUGGAAAUCCUCUCAGUGAUUGGCAAGGCGGAGGACAAUCCCAAGAGGCAGGACCCAAUUGACGCAGCACGCGCAUGCCUGGUCAAAGCUAUGGAUCUUGGUCUCAUCAAACCGUUCGCCAGCCCUUCCUAAAAUGUUGGCAACAAGAAAAACAACAACAAUGGACGUUCUUCUUUAUUACUUUUGAAUACAGACUUUUUUCAAAAUGUUUUCCCACAUCAAAGAUGUGAAAGGAUUCAUCAACCCGGCCCCAAAUCUCUAAAGAUAAUCUCUCACAAUAUAAAUCUGUGUUUUUUAUACAGUGGCUGUUUGGGGCUUGGUUCCCAUCAGGACACAUUUCUUUGUUUGGAAAGAAGAAAUGUAUUAUUUAUGUGCUCAGCUGUAACUAUGAAUGAAUGUUUAAGGACUAGUCUACAUGUGUUUGUUCCACUCUGGAAUUUGUGUGGUUAUGAUGACAAAAUUAAUAGGAGGCCAAAAUAUAUACCCUUUGAAUAACA